GUGGAGGAGCGGCUGACUGUGCUCGAAGGGGAGCUCCAGACUGCCAAUGACACCAUCACGCAGCUCAAGCAUGACCUGCAGCUCAAGACCGAGCUACUGCACAUCUACAACAAUGACUUUGACGAGUCGGGAUCGGAGGCAGGCACUCCGUCGGGCAUGCGGCACGCCGGCCUGGAGAUGCUCCAGGCGCGCACUUCGCAGCUCGAGAAGGAGAACAGUGAGCUGCGGACGGAGCUGCAGCAGCUCAGUGAGAGCACAGAGACGGCCGAGGGACGCGAGAAGGCCCUGGUCGACGAUGUCGUCUUCGAGCUGACCGACGCCAACCAGACGAUCCGCUCGCUGUCGGACGAGCUGGCCAGCCGUGUGGACGAGCACAUGAGAAAUCAGGAGGAGGUCACCUGUCUCCUGGCUCAGCUGGUCGACAGUCAGAGUCGCGCCAAGCGGCUCUCUCAGGAGAAUGACGAGCUGCAGAGCUUCGUCAGCGCCUCGAAGGAGGCUCAGUCGGAGCUGGCGCUGGAGCUGGCGGACCUCAAGGACAAGUACGCUGAGCUGCAGGCCAUGUACCACGACGCCCAGCAGCUCAUACGGCGCAGAGAAAAGAAGAGCGCCUCGCAGCGGAGCAGUUACCUGGGCGGCGUGGGCGGCCAGCCCGACUCUCUGGCCUCCGAGCUGGAGUUCUCACUGUCCUCUCUGGGCUCGAACGACUCGGGCGUAAGCCCGGCGCUGGGUAUCAGUCCGUUCGGCGCACCGCCCUCCCGCAGUACCCACAGUACGGCCACUGUGGUGAGCGCGGCGCCCUACCGGUCGGCGUUCGACACGGUGCGCUGUGCGCGCGCCGUGGCGCCGACACCGGCGGCCGGUGACGGCUCGGCGGCCGGCGGCGGCGUGGCCUCCCUCACCCAGUCGACUGGCCUGGUGUCGGCGUCGGCUCCGGCCUCUGUGCGCGUCAGCAGCCGGGUGUGGGGAGCCGGUGCCGGCGCUGGGGCCGCCCCUGGAGCUGUGGGGACCGGCGCGGCGGCUGGUGGCGGCGACUCUGGUGCCUGGAUGCAGGACGGGGCCAGUGUCACCAGUGACUCCGAGUGCAGUAUUGAGAUGGACGACUGCAGCGAGCUGGAGUACCCUGGGAUAUCUCGCGGCAUCCCCGGAGUGCCCGGCUCGCCCGAUCUGCGCGCUGCCCUCCACCGGCUCGGCCCUGGCUCCAAGCUCGGCUCGGACGGAAUGCGCACACCGGAGAGCAUCAUGUCGCUGGGCUCGAGCCGCGGCUCGCUGGGCGGAUCGCUCGGCAGUAUGGGCUCAUCGUCCGGCUCCGGCUGGAAACUGCCCGAAAAACUGCAGAUCGUGAAGCCGAUGGAGGGCUCCCUCACGCUCCACCACUGGUCUCGGUUGGCCACGCCGCACCUCGGUGGUCUCCUGGAUGCUCGGCCCGGGGUCAGCAGCCGCGGCGAACGCUCUCUGGCCGAGCUGAGCAGUGGGGAUGAAGGGGACGGAACGUCAUCAGAUGAAGAGGACCCGGCCGUGUCGUAUAAGGCGCCCACACUCACCGGGGGGCUGACGUUUACGCUGACGAAUUGUACGGUGCUGCAUCCGGACGAUACGACGCAGCUGACCAGCAGUCUGCAGGGCGGCCAGAUGUCCACCCUGCCCGUGUCGCUCUCGUCCUCUGCCUCGGCGCCGCCGUGCUCCUCCACUCUGUCUCGGCGUGCCUCGGCCGCCUCCACCUACACAUUCAGCACACACCUCGGCCUGGCGCGGGCGCUCCACGAGCGCGGCCUGACACCGUCGGUGGCGGGUUCACCGCCUCCCAGCGGACUCUCUACUCCGGCUAACAGCCCGGAGACCAGCCGACCGGGCAGCCCUGCGCCGGGCGCGCCGGCCGGCAGUCCGCCACAGCCGGCGCUCUUCAAAGGUCUGAUGGACGUCGGCAAGACGCUGUCGCUGGGUGCCGAGCUGAUCCGUCGCACCUUCUCCCCUGGCGAUACGCCACGCGCGCCGUCCUACUCGCGGAACCAGGAGCCACAGCGCGAGGAGGCGCCGGCGGACGGCAGCCCGGCCGCCCGCUCGCCGCUGAACCGCCGUGUCCGGCACCAGAUGUCACUAAUGGAGCGGCUUCAGCGGAUCGGUCUGCAGGGUAUCCUGGGCGCCGACGGCCAGCCCGUGUCGGCAGCUCGGAGCCGCGCCGGUGUGGGUAUCGGUGCAGCGGGCGGAGCCAUCACCCGCGGUCAGCUGGGCGCGCCCGGCCGGCCCGGCAGUGGAGCGCUGAAGGGUCGCCUGGCGCUGCUCGGUACGGUGCAGCAGAGCGGGCGCGGCAGGGCCGGACGGGCGGCCGCCGCUGGCCGCGGCCGCGCGCGGCACCUAGAGGACUGUGUGGGCACGGUGGGUGUGCUGGCCGCCGGCAGAAAGGGCGGCUUCUUGUGAUUGUCGGAGCGGUCCGCGGCGGCCGGCAGGCCACGGUAGACGGGUGACGCUAUUCCAGUGAUCCUAGGAGCCAAAGGCACGCGAGCUGCGCCCCCAACCCUAGCUGUGAUUUGACGCCGCUGCAACGGCGAGGCAGCGGGGAGUAGUCACUCAGCUGUACUUAGGCUUUACAGAGAGUGAGAGAGGUCUGUGAGCCCCAAAACGACACUCAGCUCAAACGCUGACUUGUAGAGCUGGGUGGAUAAAUUCACCCGUGCAGAGUUGUUUGCUCACAUUCAAGGUGAUUUUAGUGCGGUCGCUUUUGAUGAAUUUCCCCUGCCCUCCUUUAUGACUCGCUUGAUCGGUGCAAUAUGUUUGAGAGUAGUCUUUGUCCGUAGUCCGUGAUCGUUUAAAGCUUUUGUCGCGUUGUCGUUGGUCAUAUUUUAUACUAGUUAUUUUUACAUGUGAUGUCAUUCAGGAGUAGCGGCGGUUUGUUCAGUUUUAAUGAUCAAAUCGACGGGCCAGAGAGGCGAGCUUCCCGGUACAAACGGCCACCAGCACAGCCCGUUUGUGUGCGUGUCUGCGCGCGGCCAUCCAUCGAAUUGAGAGACUCGGGGUUCGAAAUCCGCCGGCGCUCCAUAGUGAACUGUGUGCGUGUCUGAAAUAUGAAUAAACAUAGAUGGACUUGUCA